AUGGACACCCCGCCACCAGAAGAAAAAGUCAAAGAGCUUGUAUAUGACCCCGACAAAGCCUCACACAACGAAAAUGAAACUGAUGGUCGGCUCUCGGAAGAGCGUCCGUCGAAGCUUGUAUAUGAUCCCGAGAAAAUCUCACACACCGAUAAUGAUGUCGAUGGCCGGUUUUCGGAAGAACAUCCAUCGACCUCAAGAUCCGAGGAUACAGCAAGUCAAGCCUCGAGUGAAACUGAGUAUGCAACUCCUGUAGUCGAAGCAGCUCCGUUGACAGUGAUUGUGGAAGAGAAAACGAUAGAAGUGACGGAAGAACAAUCGAGGAGUCCUAGCAUUAUCGAAGAGACGUUGCCAUAUUCAGAGCACGAGUUGGGAGAGGAGAAAAAGGAGGAUGCAAACUCGACCUCGUCCUUAUCCGAAGAGGAAAUCAUGGUGGUUUCACCACAUGCUCAGAGUAAGUGUUUACUCAGUUUUUUCGGAAAAUCAUUUUUUUUUCAAAAUAAACGGAGGCGAAAGAUAUACUCAGGUAGUCUAUGUGCAGAAAUACUCUUAUCUAACGGAAACUUCGUUUUAAUGGUAGACUAUCGUGCAGUUAGGGAAAAUACCCUAAGUCGAUUUCUCAGUCUUUUCUAAUU